AUGCACAGGCCUCUACAGAUUCCCGGAGCAUUUCCUAAACCAGAAACAGCUCGGAAAGUUUAUCUGACAAAAAAAUACUUUAACUGUUGGCGAGAGAGUACUUCUAGAAUAAAGAAGAAGAUAGCGUUGGCGAAAGAGAUCUAUGAAUUUAACAAGAAGGCUUACAGCUUUUUGCUGUGGGUCAACAUGACCAGAAAUAGUAAAAUGAAAAAGAUGAUAGCUAAGAAUGUCAGCUUUUCAGCCAAAGAAGAAGAUCUACCGCCCAUCUCUAUAUUAAAACAGAAACCGGGAGCUUCUCGAAGGAUUCCUCUCAAACAAAAUCUACAAUUUUCGAAAAACCUCGAACAAGUUUAUAGCUAUAGACCCGUGGAGGAUAAAGACAUGAUUUACAUACAAAUCAUCUCGGAUAAGGAGGCCGAAGAAAACAUGGAAGUCGACUUAAAUGAAACCAAAAAUAACGAGAAUACGGAACCAAUGAGAAUAGACGAAUUCGAUGAAUGUCCGGAAAAAGAUGCGAUGGAGGAUGAUGAAAAUGAGAUGAGCAUCGUCGCUGUCCAUAAGAUAGCUGAAUUUUAUGAGUUCAAAUACUUGAAACGUUCAGAAAAACAUAUAGUUUUGAAGAAAGCUUUCCAAAUGUAUAGAUACGGCAGCUUAGACAACAAGGAUUUGCAAAGAAAGUUGUUGAAGUUGAUCUAG